UCCCGCGCGUCCUCCUGACGCGCAGCUGGCGUUCCGAUGGCGUUGACGGGUUGGGGUUGGGUGUGCACAGGUAUGCGAUUAGUAGGUCAUGCUCACAGUUGGUCCAUACUUUAAUCCAGCUGGUCCACCUUUGGAUCUUGGUGGUCCAACUUGGGUUCCAGCUGGUCCAUCUCUGGAUCCUGCUGGUCGAUCUCUGGAUCUUGGGAGUCAGCUGGUCCAUAUUGGGAUCUUGUUGGUCUAUUUUGGGAUCCAGUCGGUCCAUCUUGGGAUCCAGCUGGUCCGUCUUUGGAUCUUGCUGGUCAAUCUUGGGAUCCAGCUGUUCGAUCUCUGUAUCUUGCUGGUCCAUGUUGGGAUCUUGCUGGUCCAUCUUGGGAUCCGAUGGCGCCCAUCUUGGGAUCCAGCCGGUCUAUCUGAGUCUGGUAGGGCGAGCUCAGUAUUCAGCCUGUCCUGGAUCGUGAAAACGUCCCCGAUGGCACGGGACAGGCUCUUUUGUCUCAGGACUGAACAUGGCCAUCUCUGGAUACCUCUGGAUCUUGGUGGUCCCACUUGGGUUCCAGCUGGUCCACCUCUGGAUCCUGCUGGUCGAUCUCUGGAUCUUGGGACUCAGCUGGUCCAUAUUGGGAUCUUGCUGGUCCAUCUUGGGAUCCAGCUGGUCCGUCUUUGGAUCUUGCUGGUCCGUCUUGGGAUCCAGCUGGUCGAUCCCUGUAUCUUGCUGGUUCAUCUUGCGAUCCAGCUGGUCCAUGUUGGGAUCUUGCUGGUCCAUCUUGGGAUCCAGGUGGCCCAUCUUGGGAUCCAGCUGGUCCAUCUGAGUCUGGUAGGGCGAGCUCGGUAUCCAGCCUGUUCAAACCCAAGCUGGUCCACCUUUGGAUCCUACUGGUCGAUCUCUGGAUCUUGGGACUCAGCUGGUCCAUAUUGGGAUCUUGCUGGUCUAUCUUGGGAUCCCGCUGGUCCGUCUUUGGAUCUUGCUGGUCUAUCUUGGGAUCCAGCUGGUCGACCCCUGUAUCUUGCUGGUUCAUCUUGCGAUCCAGCUGGUCCAUCUUGGGAUCCAGAUGGUGCAUCUUGGGAGAUGGCCCGUCUUGGGAUCCAGCUGGUCCAUCUGAGUCUGGUAGGGCGAGCUCGGUAUCCAGCCUGUUCUGGAUCGUGAAAAUGCCCCCAGUGGCACCGGACAGGCUUUUUUGUCUCAGCACUGAACAUGGCCAUCUCUGGAUCUGCUGGUCCAUGUUUGGAUCCUGUCCUGCUUGGCCAUCUUUGGAUCCAGCUGAUCCAUCUCUCAAUCCAGUUGGCCCAGCUUGGGAUCCAGCUGGUCCUGAAUCGUGAAAGCCUCCCGACGGCACUGGACAGGCGUUUUUUUCCCUCUCAGGACUGAACACGGCCAUAAUUGCUGUGACACAGUGUGAGUGUAGAUCGACGAAAGCUGUGGGUGGUUAUUUUUCACCAAUGGGCCUAGCUCAGUUGGUACACCCAUAAACUGUCGAAAUACAGACCCGAGUUAAAAUCCAGAUGCAAAAGAAAGAGAAAGCUGUGGGCGGUUAUUUUGUGUACGCUUCCGCAGAGAAGCUGCUCAAACCACCAGUACGUUUCCCAGCCAAAGAACAAAAUAUGUGGCUUGCAUGCGUCCGUCGAGCAAACUGGCUGAAAGUGCCGCCGAAAGAAGGCCCGCGCUGGUUUGUUUAUUUUUGGGGCACAGGGUGUUUCCAGCCCAGGAGAAAAGUGCAUCGGAAGUACUGGUGGUUUAGUGUCACCUAGCCCAUAGGGAAAAGAAAAAGAAGGUUGGGGCUUUCUUGCAAAUCGUCCGAUACACAUUUGGAUGCGGGUUAAUUCCAUUGGACUGGUUCGGUUAUUUUUCGCGCACAGGGUGUUUCCAGCCGAGGAGAAAAGUGCCUCGGAAGUACUCGUGGUUGAGUGCCACCCUAGCCCUCAGGGAAAAAAAAAAAGAAUGUUGGGGCUUUCUCGCAAAUCGUCCGAUACACAUUUGGACGCUGGUUAAUUCCACCGAGCCCUCUGGGCCCAACAAAGACUUUUGGGCCCUUUCUCGCAAUCCUCCGACAUACAUUUGGACAUGCUCAUACGUUUGAACAAGAUUGCAGACCUGUGAACCGCCGAAGUGCCCGAUCAAACUCCACGUUUACGUCUCCCUUGGGGGAUGUUCACAAUAGGCCUUUCUCUGAUGUAUCUAACUGAAGCUAUGGUCAGAUUCAGUUGCCCUGACUGAUUUCCGCUAGCCUCUGCAGAGAUGGUGAUCAAUUUUGCAGGCACCACGAGGAGAGAAAAUUAAGGUUCCCCUCUCAGUUCACACUAGGCCUGUCCUUGUUCUAUCUCACAGCAGCUACAGCCAGAUUCCGUCACUCUUAGUUGAUUUCCUCAUCGCCUUUGGAGAUGCUGGUCAACUCUGCAGACACCACAAGGGUAGAACCUAAGGUCCCCCUCCCUCUCAGCACCCUUCUCAACCACGUGGUUGCCCUGUGACGCAGCAAAAGAGUGCCCUCUCACCUUGAAAUCGUUUCUGCCUGUCAUUUUCAUAUUUGGUGAACGUCUCCAUGCCAUGUAUGCCUACCCUUGAUCCCGUGGGGUGUUCUUGAUAUUGAACGGGUGUUCCUUGCAGUUGACAUGUCUGGUUCUCGUCGGUCACAAGUAAAUUGUCCUCUGUACAUGUAUACAAUGCGAUGAUGUUCCUCUAUGUGAGCGGGGUUACUGAGCAACGAGUUGUUGGCGCAACAAUCCUUUCGAAAGGUGUGUUUGCCCAGUGGGAAAGAUUGGUGUUCUCCGUGUCUCUUCUCUUCGGUGGGAGAGAAUGGCCCCAUCUGGGGCCUCUGGGAAGGACUCUCGAUGACCUCUGUUUGAAAUGCCUGGCGGCUGCCCUGACCAAUAUUGCGCUGUUGUUGUAAACCUAAGGGUGAUGCGGAGCAGGGAGCUGGAAAUCACUGCUGGAGUCUGAAGGCUUUGGCGAGGGGGAAAGGAGAUGAUGGAGGGGCGGCCUCUUAGUCAGGCUGAUGAUUGAGAAGGCCAAGCAGCGUGCUAGACCAGUGGCCUUCACUGGGGGGCUGUUCUGUCAAGUUAUGCUCUUCCAUACUCGUGUGCUGGCUUGUGCAUUCCCAUGUGUGAUCUCAAAGGGCCCAAAUAUGGGAACGACUUUAUACCACCAGCUUGUUUCCCUGGUGCCUUGUUCCGAUGCGCUGCUUGACGUGCCGCCUAAAUUGCGGUUUGGGGCUACCAGAGGGAGAGAAGGCUGGUGGCGCCUGGCAAGAUCGUGCCUGCUGUGGUUUGUUUUCUUUAGAGCCACGCAGUGGAGCGCAUUGGGAAAAUGUGGCUUGGGUGAAUAACCAUGGUCGGAUUUGUUAAGAGACUAUAGAAGUGGUGACGAUGGAAGUGGCAUUUGUCAUGUUGCGUUAGUGUGGGCGUCCGGGGACGAGCUGCAGUGUGUGUUGGCACUGACUGGGCACUCUGCCACGCUUACUAUGGAAGUAACGAUCGUCAUCUCGCAAUGGUGUGGUUAUUCAACGAGUAACGGCUUGGACUCGGCAGAAGGAUGGUUUUGGUGGCAGUGUCGUGUUUGUGUCGUCGAAGCAUUGGUGUGGCUGUUGUAGAUGAGCUACAGUGUCAUGUUUGCAUGGACUGGGCACUCUGUGGGGUGGUUGAGUUUCCAGCCACUCUUGCUCUACUUCGGAGAAUGAACUGGAAGUAUCCUUCCCCUUCUUUUCAGCCGGAGCAUCAGGGAACAGAGGGUGGUCGGUAUAUCAAUUGGAUUAGGUGUGGGUCUCAGCAGCAGCAAGAGAUGUCGUGCCAAGGAGUUUAGGCAUGAUGUGAUGAAGGUAAUGUUCUGCCCUGUCUUAAUUACGGUGUUAGAUAUUUGUGACUCUUCUUGAGAAGCCCAGGCCCACAAUUUAUCUGCAAGCGCUCUUCCUGAGUCUAGUGUAUGUCAUCCUCCUCGUUGUACAUACUGUUCUACAAAUGCAGCAAUUAGUGGUGAUGGAUUACAUCUCACUCAGCUUAUCUCUAUUUCCUCGACAAGGAUUCCUUGGGCACAUCUGAUGUGGUCGAGCUGGCGGGCGACAAGGCAAUGCAGAGGUGCGGGAUUCUUCUUCGAUGAUGUGUUUGGCUUGCUGCUGGUUGGCAAAAGGAACUUCUGUUGUGAUCAUCAUUGAGUCCUUAGACAGACAAAGGCGACCUUUCCCCGCUGAUUAUCUGUCUAAACCUGCACGCCCUGAAAGAGUCUGAAGCAAUUUGUGGUUCUGAGAAUAUGUCAGUGCCGUUGGUCCUUUCUCUUGUGUUUGCCUCCGUCACGAGCGGGUGAAGACUCCUAAUCUGCGGGAUAGGUUAUGGGUUCGUUUUGCUCGAAUUUGGAGUCGGCCAGAGGGGGCAAAGUGGUUGGUUUGCUUGAGACAGGAUGCUCGUUGCCGAGCUGGGGUGCAUAGAGAAGACCCUUCUAGGGAAGUGUCUGCAGUUGUGUCAGCUAGGACAUUCCUUUCGUUUGCCAUCCAACGUUACCGCGGUGGCGUUUUCCUGAUGCUGGCGUACGUACGCACGGGGAGCC